GAGUCCAUUGAACGGACCACGCCUGACCAACCGACAAGAUGGGGAAAAGCUCGAGAUCCAGCGCAAUCAAAAAGAACAACCAGGCACUGAAGAAGAAAGUCUUCGGGCCUGUAGAAACUGCUCGCAUCGAACGACAGAAUGCAAAAUUACUGGCACUUGCCCAGGCGCCCAAAGAACUGGUGAUGGAAGACAACAAAGCCGACCGAGAAGACCCCACUUCAGCAGAAAAAGAACCCGAGGAGAGCACGAAAGACACAACAAUGGACGUCGACGAGGAGUCCGGAAAACCCAAGCGCAGCAAGCGCGAAAUCGCACGCAUGCAAGAAGCACGCAAAGCCCGCGCCGUCUCCAAACUCCGAGGUUCACGAUCACGACCGCGAAAUCAGAAAGAAUUCCCUGCGCACAAAUUGAAAAAGAAGGUACACAAGCGGUGAAAGAAAUGCUUUGCGGGUACAAAAGAUACGAGAAUUUUCCUUUUCUUCAAAGGAAAUGAUCUUUGCUUCGGCUAGAUCGCCGAAAUACCCAUGUGCGACUACUGCCGCUGGGGCUAUGGGUAGGGCGGGGACACGCUCAACAUUACGAUCAUGUGAAGAGACGGGCGGAUGAAUGAGUCCCGCGGCUCGUGCAUCGGACGCAAAGCCAUGACUGCGUAUUCGCAGGGUCGGCUGGUGGGGAGGGCUUUCUGGGUGUCACGAAGCAAUGCAGCUGUGAGGCGGGCGCUGGGUCCCUUUACUAUGUACAGCCUAGGGUUGUGGCGUUGCUAAGUGCGCAGGGAAAACGGCUGAUAUGCAUACGAGGGGCUUGAAGUGGUACUUGACACAUUCUCAGUAAAAAGUAAUGAUGGCUGCGUCUACAUACGGUCUGUGGUCGACCCUUCAGCUACUUGAAGACAUUACAUCGAAUCAAAAACUUGAUGCUGGACCCUUCAUGGUUCUCAUAGUAGACCCGCUUUUG